CAACCCAUACACAAUUCCAAGCACUGCCUUUGGACUCAUCUCCCUCUCUCUCUCUCUAAACUGAAACUCACAAAACUCAACUGUACAUUCUCUCUCUCUCAAGUAAAUUUCCCCGAACCUUCUCUCUCUCUCUCUCUCUCUCUCUCUCUCUCUCUCAUCUCUAUAUUUCUGAAGAAGCAGUAGCAGCAGCAAAAGAAAAUAUCUCUCUUUCAGGCUUUGAUCGCCCAUGGAGUUCUCUCUCUAACAUGGUUCAGCAUUGAGAGCUUUUUUUGUGGUACAUGAAGUUUUUCUUGUUUUGAUUAAUUUGUUGUUUGUUAAUAAGUUAUAAGUCAUGAGCUAUCAGCAAGGGAAGUUUGUAAGGUUUGAGGACUGGAAGUCAGAGAGAAGUACUGAAAAUUAUGGAGUGCAUCCAGGAAGAAUCAGACUGGCAAUAAGCUCGUUUUCAGAAAAAUUUCAAAGAGGUGUGGAAUCUAGUUCAGAGAGGAUGAAGGGGAUUAAAAAAUCACUGAAGUCCUAUUCGUUUAAUAGUGCAAGGGCUAAAGGCUUGGGUUCUAGGUUUAAAAUUCUUGAUCCACAGGGGGCAUUCCUUCAAAAGUGGAAUAAGAUAUUUGUACUCUCAUGUGUGGUUGCAGUUUCACUGGAUCCGUUGUUCUUUUAUGUCCCUGUGAUUAAUGAUGCAAUGAAGUGCCUUGACUUGGACCGCAAGAUGGAGAUCACAGCUAUUAUUUUGCGUUCUUUCACGGAUAUAUUUUAUGUAACUCAUAUUUUUUUUCAAUUCCGUACUGGUUUUAUUGCCCCCUCUUCUCGGGUAUUUGGAAGAGGUGUUUUGGUAGAAGAUGUUUGGGCAAUAGCACUGAGGUAUCUGUCAUCAUACUUCCUAAUCGACAUUCUUGCAGUCCUUCCACUUCCACAGGUGGUGAUCUUAAUCGUUGUUCCGAAAAUGGGAGGCUCAAGAUCGUUGAAUACUAAGAACUUGUUAAAAUUUAUUGUUUUCUUCCAAUAUUUGCCGAGGUUCCUUCGAAUAUAUCCUUUGUAUAAAGAAGUUACGAGGACUUCUGGCAUACUCACAGAAACAGCAUGGGCUGGAGCUGCAUUCAAUCUCUUUCUUUACAUGCUUGCCAGCCAUGUACUUGGAGCCUUUUGGUAUUUGUUCUCCAUAGAAAGGGAAUCCACAUGCUGGCAAAAAGCCUGUGGGGAGAAUAAAACAUGCACCGCUAGUUCUAUGUUUUGUGAUAAUAGUUCUGCCACGGACAUUUUUCUGAAUAAUUCUUGCCCAGUACAGACACCAAAUACAACACUCUUUGAUUUUGGAAUAUUUCUUGAUGCUCUUCAAUCUGGUGUAGUGGAGUCAACUGAUUUUCCAGAGAAGUUAUUUUACUGUUUUUGGUGGGGACUACGAAACCUGAGUUCUCUUGGUCAAAAUCUUGUAACAAGUACCUAUGUCUGGGAAAUCUGCUUCGCAGUUUUCAUUUCAAUCUCUGGCUUGGUACUAUUUUCAUUUCUGAUAGGGAAUAUGCAGACAUAUUUGCAAUCCACAACUACAAGAUUGGAGGAGAUGAGAGUCAAAAGGCGGGAUGCAGAACAGUGGAUGGCACACCGUUUGCUCCCUGAGGAUUUGAGAGAGCGGAUUAGGAGGUAUGAACAAUACAAAUGGCAAGAAACUAGAGGUGUUGAUGAAGAGAAUCUGCUUCAGAAUCUUCCCAAGGAUCUCAGAAGGGAUAUAAAGCGCCAUCUCUGCUUGGCUCUGCUCAUGAGAGUACCAAUGUUUGAAAAGAUGGAUGAACAACUGUUGGAUGCAAUGUGUGACCGUCUCAAGCCAGUUCUCUAUACAGAGAAAAGCUACAUUGUUCGGGAGGGAGACCCAGUUGAUGACAUGCUCUUCAUCAUGAGAGGCAAGCUAUUGACCAUGACAACCAAUGGUGGAAGAACCGGCUUCUUCAAUUCUGAAUAUCUUAAGGCUGGUGACUUUUGUGGAGAAGAACUUCUUACUUGGGCUCUGGAUCCUCAUUCCUCAUCCAAUCUUCCCAUCUCGACAAGAACCGUCCAAGCCCUUACAGAAGUUGAAGCCUUUGCUCUUAAAGCUGACGACUUGAAGUUUGUUGCCUCUCAGUUCCGGCGACUUCAUAGCAAGCAGCUUCGCCAUACUUUCAGGUUUUAUUCUCAGCAAUGGAGGACUUGGGCAGCUUGUUUUAUACAGGUAGCCUGGCGCCGCUGUAAGAAGAAGAAGCUUGAAGAGGCUCUUCUGGCAGAGGAGAAUAGGUUGCAAGAUGCAUUGGCCAAGGCUGGUGGGAGCUCGCCAAGUUUAGGUGCCACCAUUUAUGCCUCGCGGUUUGCUGCUAAUAUACUUCGUACUUUGCGGCGCAAUAGUACAAGAAAGGCUAGGGUGCCAGAGAGAGUUCCACCUAUGAUGCUUCAGAAACCAGCAGAGCCGGAUUUUACUUCUGAAGACCGAUAGAAAUCCUUACUUCGUGCGUCCAUUACACCGGCCCUGCUUCCAAUUCCCUCCUCCAUUAGCUUCUGAUCAACAGCUGUGGCCUCAAGUACAUCAUAAUUCAUAAAGCAUCAAGCAUCAACAAUCACCGCCAGCACUGGUUUGUUACCUGCGGUAAUUUAGUGUCGAAGAGAAGCUCAUACCCAGAAUUGAUGAUCACGAUUUUAUCUUUGGGAAUAAUGAGAAUUGAUCUUAUGGUGUCGCGUACCAAAAUGUUAAAUAUUGUUACGUAUUUAUGGAAUUGAUUUUUUAUAACAGUUCAGG